AUGAGUUCUUGUAUCGGCGCAAAUUGGGAAACCCGGGCUGCAAGAUGCAGAGAGAUUUUGGAGCAAUCUCUCCCGAAGUCCUACCUCCUCUCUCCGGAUCAGAUCCCCCCUGCAUCCCAGACGAGAGUAAUCGAUUACCCCAGGGAAAGCGGUAUAUUGUCCGAGAAGGAACUGCUUAUUACCGAUAACACAGCCGCUGGUUUGGUCUCCCAAAUGGGCUCCGGGAUAUGGACAGCUGAAGAGGUGAUGAGAGCGUUCCUGAAGCGAGCCACCAUGGGCCAACAAUUGAUUAAUUUCGCAACGGAGUUUCUGGCGGAGAGCGCUCUAGCGCAAGCUCGGCGCCUAGACCAGGUUUUCAAGGAGACUGGCAAAAUCGUCGGGCCUCUUCACGGCGUGCCGAUCUCCGCGAAGGAACAUAUUGGAAUGAAGGGAAGAGUGUGUAACGCAGGAUUUGUUUCAUGGUGCGACCAUGUAUCACCAGACGACGCAUAUGUGGUCCAGUUUCUACAGAACGCCGGGGCUAUAGUGCAUGUCCGUACGAACGAACCGCAGUCUCUCAUGCAUGUUGACUCUGCCAACAACAUUACUGGACGAACGCUGAACCCUUGGAAUCGCAACCUGUCGCCGGGAGGGUCGUCCGGGGGGGAGAGUGCAUCAGUCAGUUUUGGAUGCUCGCCUCUGGGAAUUGGGUCUGAUAUGGGGGGCUCCAUUCGGAUGCCGGCUGCGUUUACCGGAGUCUACGGGCUCAGGCCAACGGCUGGCCGACUGCCUUUGGCUGGCAUCAAGGCUGCUGGGCUUGGACAACAAUCCCUCCCUGGUGUGGUAGGGCCGCUUGCCAGAAGCCUUGAAGACCUGGAGCUCUUUAUGAAGAGUAUUCUAGAUCAAGAGCCGUGGCAAAAGGAUGCAAGCCUUACACCUGUCCCCUGGCGUAGCGUGGGUGGCUUGGCAAACCUGACCAUCGGAAUACUGAAAGACGAUGGCGUUGUCCGACCGCACCCCCCUAUUAGUCGUGCGAUCAAGACCACAGAGGACAAGCUGCGUGCUGCUGGUGUCAACGUUGUUGAGUGGGAGCCUUUUCAACAUAGGGAAAUAUAUGACCUCGCGAAUGCUUUCUUCGCAGCGGAUGGCUUUCAAAAUUUGACAGAGGCUUUGGAAGCUAGUGGGGAGCCAAUCCUGCCGCUGACCAAGGUUGUAUAUGGAUGGGGGGAGGAAAUGACGGUCUAUAAGAAUUGGGAAUUAAACUACAAACGCGAAGUCUUCCGAGCACAAUAUCACGGACUGAUGAAGCUCCGGGGUGUGGACGUGAUUUUAUCUCCAGCCUAUCCUGGCGUUGCGCCAGAGCAUGAGACAGGGACAUAUAUCGGGUAUACCUCUGUUUGGAAUGCGUUGGACCACCCUGCUGUCAUCAUACCAACAGGGCUGCAUGUUGACCCGUCUCUGGAUCCGGAGGAAUCCUCUUACGUGCCACGUAAUGAACUCGAUGCUGCUGAGCAUGCAAAGUACUCUGUGCACAAGUUCAAGGAUGCUCCAAUUGCCUUGCAAUUGAUAGGACCGCGGUUUGGUGAUGAGAUGCUCCUUGCUGCAGCUGGCUGCGUGGAGAAAUCUAUCAAAUCGCCUUAA